CUUGCCAACCUUACAGAUUCUCAUAGUUCAUAAAGUAUGCUUAUGAAGAAUCUUUUUGGUUUAAAAAUGUUUCUUUGCUCUCCUUUGCACCUCAUUUGUUCUUAUUCUUUCAUCCUUUGUAUUAUUAUUUACUAAAGCACUUUUUUAUUAUGGUGGAGAGCUUGUUUCUUAUCUUUGACUCAAGGUGUUCUUUAUUUUAUAGACUUAACAAUCUGACAUGCAUUCUUUACCAGACAGCAUGGUUACUCUUGCUAACCUUUAUGCUGAGUUGUUGGAAAAAGAAAUUGAGCCUUCUAUGGAUAAUCAAGCUUUUGAGUAUUUGGAUUCUCUUAUGACGUGUUCAUUCUUUAUUUUAAUUAAAUGACCUAACAAAGUUACAUAAUGCCUUCAAACUUCCAUCAUGUUAGUAACACUAAGACAUUAUGUGCAUUUCUAUAAUCUAAACCAUGCUAUCAAAAUAUGGCCAGAUUCAUCCUGCUCAGCUGAUAGGAAUGCCUACUGCUAGAAUUCCUCUGCCACUUAAUCUUAGUGAGGAGCCUAUAUUUGUGAAUGCAAAGCAGUACCAUGCUAUUCUGAGGGGCAAACAAUACUGGGCAACACUUGAAUCACAGAACAAACUCAUCAAAGAACGGAAACCAUAUCUUCACGAGUCUCGCCAUCUACAUGCAUUAAAGAGAGCCAGAGGUUCUGGUGGUCGCUUCUUGAAUACAAAAAAGCAUGAAGAGUCUAAACCCACUUCACAAAACCAUGACAUAGAUGUUUCGAGGUGUACUCAUUUGAAUCUGAGGGGAAACAUGUCAGAAUCUAAGGCUCGUCAGUUGAACUACAGAGAUGGUGCUUCCACAACCACCUGUUCAGAUAUUUCUAGUGCAUCUAAUAGUAGUGAUCUCUUCCAGCAACAUCAAUCUGACAUUAGAUUAUGUGCUUCCAGCAACAUUGGUCAUUCAAGUAGAAAAUCUAAAAGAAAAAAAGAUCUCAAUUUUAUAUAAAGUCAAAUUCUGGCAGUCUUAUUGGUGUAAAAUAUUAAUUGAUUCUGUUGAUGAAUAUUAAAUUUUGCUGGAAGAAUCUGUUUGA